AUUUAAACCCGACCCCCUUCCAAACAACUCACUGCUCCACACAAAAGAUUCUGAGAAAAUGGAAACCUCUUUUUACGAAUCAAGCUCAACAUUUUCUAAAACCCCAUAUCCACAAUCCCAAUCAUCAAACCAAUCAUUAUAUCACGAAACCAGAUCUGGGUUCUUCAAGAACGAGGACGUAUGGCCGAAACCCCAAAUCCAGAGAAAGAAGAAUCAAGUGUUUCUUGAAGGGUAUGUGGAUGAAGAAGAGCUGGUUAGGGCUAAGAGUUUAACAGAUGAAGAUCUCGAAGAACUUAAAGGGUGUUUGGAUUUAGGAUUUGGUUUCAGUUACGAUGAAAUUCCGGAGCUCUGCAACACCUUGCCGGCGCUGGAAUUGUGCUAUUCGAUGAGCCAGAAGUUUCUCGACGACCAGCAGAAGUCGCCGGAGUCUACGUCGAAGGUGAAUGAUUCAUCGUCGCCGCCUUCAUGUGCUAAAGCUAAUUGGAAGAUUUCUAGUCCUGGUGAUGAUCCUGAGGAUGUGAAAGCAAGAUUGAAAUUUUGGGCACAAGCAGUUGCAUGUACAGUCAGAUUAUGCAGCUGAAAUGAAGCCAUGGAAAAUGAUAAAUAUCAACUUACAUUUUGGAAUAGGGUUUGGGACGAUGAUUCUGAAUGGAUUAUCGAAAUGAUUAAGCCUGAUCUGAAGGAGGAGUUUUGAUGAGUUCGUUUACUUGUAAAUUGUUAUCUGAACAAAAAGAAAAGUCUAAGGGGUGGAUUGGUGUCGUACAUAAGUAUAUCUUGUAAAUUUAAUGAAUAAAACUCGUGGCAUAAUAAUAUAAGAAAUGUUAAUUGUCCGUUUUAUUUUGUGGUCUACAUUUUUCUGGAAAA